AUGUUGAUUGCCAAGAUAGAAGGACACUACCAUUUUCUCAAGGGUAUUGACCCUUAUUCGUGUGGUGUUAUUGCCGACCCCGGCUGGGAGAUCGUCCAUGUCACUCUGGAACAGGUCCUGCCCUGGCGCGAGGGCUUUGACCGGGUCGAGGCGCAUUUGCAGGGGGUCGAUAGGGAUCGGCAGGCAUUGUGUGGCAUGGAGUUGCGAUCGCCAGCACCUUUUGCCAUGGCGGGGUUUAUCGCCUUCAACCGGGAUUAUUGUCGGGUGCUCAGAGAUUGGGAUCUGUACGUGGGGGAAUUGAAUCCAGUGGCUCGCACCAAUGUGGCACCGCUGUUCGAUCCGCCCGGGGAACCGGUGCUGCACGCAUUUUCCUAUACGGUGCCGGCAGCGGCCAAUACUCCCUGGACUUUGGUGGUCGCCGGUGCCGGGGAAUUGCGCGAGGGAGUAUUGGUAGAGCAGGGCAUUAUCCGCAGUGGAGAUACCAGUGAAGGAGCCAUGCGCGAAAAAGGUAGCUAUGUGGUGGAUGUAAUGGUCGAGCGUCUGUUCGGCCUGGGGGGAUCGUGGGAGAUGAUCAAUGCUGUGAAUGUGUACACUGUACAUCCUCUGGACGGACUGUUGGAGGAUAUUUUGCUCAAUCGCCUGGGAUCUGCCCGGCGGCACGGUCUUCGCUGGCACUAUACCCGGCCGCCAGUGGUCGAUAUUGAAUUUGAGAUGGAUAUGCGCGGGGUGCGUCGAGACUUAGCGAUAUAG